CACACCCACACCCACCCACAUUUCAAAAGAUAUAACGCAAGCAUAAUUCCGAAAAUCCAUUCGAUCUUGACGUCUAACCAAAGAGUUAUUGAUGUUUCAAUGAACAGAAUCAUAUCAAACGGAUAUCGGACUAGUCCAAUGUCGGCACCAAGAUUGGACACUGACAUAUAUAUGCACGCUUUCAUAUACGCCUACAAGCAAGCAUAUAAAUUUUGAAAAUACAUGCGCUAAGAUUUACUUUGAAAAUCAUUCGAAUAGAUUUCAUUUUACUAAAGGUACACAUUUCUGAAGAAUGUUUCGAAACCAAAUAUAAAUAUUAUUGAUCCUACUGCUGCAGAGCUUUGUGUUUUUACUAUAUGAUAGUACCCACUAGUUCAAUCUACAGAAGGGUUAUUCGAACAAUUUUAACUUACUAUAACAAUAUAAUAAGAAAUUUUUCGACAAUGAUAAACUCUCAUUGUCUUCAUCAAUUCAGUUCAGUACAGGCCAGUACAAGUUAAAAGGUAUAAGUAGAAUAAACUAUUGGAAUUGACGUAUAAUACAUAUAUAUAUAUAAAUACUUACUAACAAAAUUCCAUUGGUUCUAAUCAGAUACGAUUACUAAGCCUCUAUGGCUUAGUGGUAAAGCGGUAGUCUAGUAAACUGGAGAUCCGCAGUUCGAUCCUGCGUGGAGGCAUUUCAUUUUAACAUUUUUUCUUUUUCUUUUUAAUAUCAUUCAAAUUCUUGCUUAUUUAUCAAUAAAUCACUCUAUUGAAUAAUAGUUUUCAUUGAAUUGAAAAGUUUAAUGAGAAGCUAUCUCAUAAAUCUUAUCAAUAUUGAUAAAAGUGUUGUUUAAUAAGUUAUGUAGCAAAAUUCGACAACAAAAAGGAUUACUACAUGUAAUUUAAUUCACACUUGAUUGUAAAAUUAUAAUAUUUACAACUUCUUGUUGAAUUUUUACUAGAAAAAAGAGGACAAUUUUAACAACAGCCAAAACCUGCUAACUGUACAAAGGACAGUGAAAUUGCCUUUGAAACAAAAAUAAACUAGACAAGAAUGCUGUAUUCUAUCAUAUAAUUAUCAAACAACUUUUACCAAUGAAAAGCUUCUGGUAACUAUAAGGUUUAAAACCGAUUUCUCCUUCCAUCUUGUUCUCUUCGAUUUUUGAUUAAGUUUUCUUUUCAUUCUUUUCAUUAGGAAAUGAACGCUGCAUUUGUUCAAUUAUUCCAUACUUAUUGUGCUCCAAGCAAUGAAUAAGCAAUCAAUGUUUGUAUCAAUCAAAAUACAUAGGUGAAAAUCCAAAGUCAAUAUACAAUCUCAGUCUAAGCAAAAAACUUCUUUUUGACAAAUCAACCAUUAUAAUCGAUAUGCUGGAAAAAUAUCGAAAGAAAAAAUAUAGAACGGGAAAAAUGUCGAAAAGUAAAUAUUGAAGCGAAAGAAUAUCGAAACAGGAAAAUAUAGAAAAAUAUGAUGUCUCCAGUAAAUGGUGAAUAUAAUCACGUAUAGUUCAUUGUUGCUUUUUUUAUGAUUCUACUAGUGUAGAAGUUUAACCAGUAGUAACGGUGAUGACUAAUACCUGAUAAAAAUUAAAUAAAAGAGUUGAGCGAAAAACUAUUAUAUAACUAAAAUUUUAUUGUCAUGGCUGAAGCUGCUGCAUCAUCAACUGAUGUAACUCAAGCAAAAUCUCCAGCUAUUUCAUUUAUAAUAGAUAAACUUGGUGAACGAUAUUAUGACGGUGCUAUAAAUGCUAUGGAAUUUUUAGAUGAUUUAUCAUUUACAGUUACUAAGCAAAACAAAUGA